AAAACCAACAUCUCCAAGUUCAGACAUCCAUUAUCAUGGAUUUUCCAGAAUAGCACCAUAUUUAUGUUUAAACACAGCUUAUUGCCGGACACAACCUCCUUUCCUGCCUGACCUCAAACUACUGACUUCACCAAGAUUUUAUUCUUGGCCUUCUUCUCACUUGGUAAAAUCCUCUCUACCGCACCCCAGAUCACCCACCCACUAUCAAGACUUUAAUUACCACUUACAAACUGAUGACCUCUAAAGCUACAUCUCUGACUUUGACCAUUUUUCUGAUUUCCAUCUUUUUAUUCUACAUCUUUGUUAAGAUGCUUCUGAGCUACCACAAACUCAGUUUAUCCCACACACUGAAUUCUCUGUCUCCUCUUAUCCCUAAACACGCCUUGUUCACCAUAUUGCCUCCCUUUGUUAAUGGUACCGUCAGCCAUCCAAGCACCCAAAUAUAAAUCCCUGGAAUCAUCCUGGGUGCAUUUCUCCUUCACCCUACUUCCCCAUCCCCAUCAGCUGACCAAGUACUAUUCAUUCUACCUUUUCCAAAUCUCCCACUGCUACUAUCAUCUCCCUCUAGCUUAUUGCUGUCACCUUUCUAACUGGCGUUCACUCCCUCUAUCCUACUGGAAGUAUGUAUUUACUUGUUAAGAUUCAGCUCAAGCACACCGUCCUCCAUAAAGCUUUUCUGGCUUGGCCAUUUUUUCCUGUCUACCACCUACCACAUUGAAUACUUACUUUGCUUAUCUCAUUGCCUCUCCUUUACAGUACAGGCAUGAGAGCCAAGACUGAUCCCUCUUUAUCUUUGUAUUCCCAAUGCUCAGAACAUGAUAGGUAGUUCAGCUUUUAUUGAAUUGAAUAUCCUCAAGCUGACUUCUGCUUCUCAGUAACUUCCAUGCAUUCUAGACCUACCCUUUACAACCACCCAAAAUGUCUCCUUCUUCUUUUACUUGAUAUUUCUUCUGAUAUUUACAAACAGAAUUCCUAUUUUCCCUGAAAUCUCUUUUCCUGAUGUAUAACUGCAAAUUCUUCCACUAUUCCUGACCAUUCAGGACACUUCCAAAUCCCAGUCAACAUCUUCUGGAGACAACUCUUUUAGAAUCAAGUAUGAAUGUCAAGAUGUGGUCUGAGCUGCGUGGUACAGUAACCUCCUUUGAUGGCCCAGUAUGAUCUGCUCCUAUAAUGCAGCCAGAAGUUCUGAGAGCUGUCUUAGAUGUCGUAUCCCCUUGUUGGCUUACUGUAGCUAGAAGACAAUUAAACAUACAGAUAUUUUUUCACAUGAAAUGACAGUUUCUGAAGAAAAUUUUUUCAAAUUUAAGUGUAAGACUUCACAUUUCUCUCCAUUAAUUUCAACUCUUUCUAUCUUGCCUUUCAAGAUCUUUUUGAUUCUUGGUUCUGUAAUCCGACAUAUUAAUAAUCUCUCCUAACUUUGAGUUACCUGCAGAUUUGAUAAAUGGUUUCCCUCUUGAUUUAUACAAAAAUGAAAUAUGUAAAUGUUCAUUCAACCCCUGUGUAAAGUGAUGUUCUCUCUAAAUCUCUGUAACUUUCCAUGCUUUCUUUCUAAGUUACCCCCACUUAUCAAAAUGGCCUUCUGUUUAUCUUGAUUUCUUUAAGUACCCUUAUCACUGGAUCAUUCAUACUAAAGAAUCUCAUAGAAAUUUUUCAGUCAAUAGAAGAAUCAUCUUUAAGGAAAUCUCUCAUUCAAAUCAGUUCGUUAUAGGCCAUGUAGAUAUAGGGAAUGAGAAAAUUCUUAGGACAUACAAUAUAGGUUACUUCGGUUAAUUCACUUUUCUAAAGUUCUCAAAAAAAAGAGAAGAAAAUGCCAUGUAAGGUAUGUGAAGGAUUUGUGCAAGUCAAACAGGACAAGAGAUGAUUUAAGAGCAAGAAGUCACAGAAGCCACACAAAAAGGGGGAAAUGUAGUCAAUUUUAGAAGUUUAUUUUGUACAAUACCAAAUAUUUGUGAUUUGCCUCAGAGUUAAUCUGGAGGUUUUGGCUGUCAGUCAAAUGUGCCAUGACAUGUAUAAUCAACAGCAAACCUCUACCCGUGGAGUAGGAAGAACAAGCAGUGGAACCAGGAAGAGCUGUAUUGUUCAGAAUUACGAAGGGCCAGUUAUUAGGACUUCAGAAUAAAAGGUCAAGGCUGCAAACUAGAAUCAGAAUACCAGCAGAAGGAACAUUUAAAAGGCCCUAGGCUCAGAAAGAGAUCAAAGAGAUCAUAGCACAUGCUCAUAAAGCCAAGGUGACAAGGCAGGAGAAGGGUGGCACCCGCAUAGUGAAGUGAAGCUUUGAGGCACAGGAAUCAGAAGGCAGGACCAACAUACCUGAGAGAGCCUGAGGUUUCCCCUCAUUUAGAAAGAAGUGUAUAGCCUUGAGUCUGACAUUGACAGAUUUAUAGAGGAGACCUUCUCCUGAAAAGAAUCCAACUUUCACGGUUUAGCACAGUGUUCCAAUUUUUUCUCCUGUCCUAACCGUGCAGAUGCCCUUUAAAAGGUCCAAUGGCACGUGACACUCUUCCAGUGCUGUACAUGUGACAGCUCACCUGAGGAGCUUCCCAACCUCCUUCUCUUCUCUAUUUUCCAUGGGCCAACUUUCUCUACGGGACUCUAAAAACAUUUUUGAUUGUCUGAGAUGAUUAUAUCCCUAAUCACUGAGCCCUCCUUCUGACACAGCGUGUGUGAGAACAGCAAACUUGGGAAGCAAUGUACUCCCUAGUUUCUUAUUUCCAAUUUGACAUACUCUGGAUUUAAACCAAGAUGUCUGGGAGCAAUCAGCCAGUUCCUUAACCUGCUUUGCCACGUUAGUCACAUUUUUCUUAUUUUUGUUUCCUCUUAAUUCACAUACCCAUCCACACCUGCCCACUCGUAGCGGCCUACGCAGACAUCGUUUUCAGAUUUUGGCAGAGGUGCCUACUCGCAGAUCAUAGGUUGAGGCAAUGUAUAACUCAAGAGAACAGAGAGAAAUAGCUAGAAACAACUGUAAAACUUUUUAGGGAAAAAAAAAGGAGCUACUGUUUCAAAAGGAAGUGACUUUUAGGAAUUGUGAAGCUGGACUUGUUAAGGCCAUGCUGCCACCUCCUCCUUGUGAUAGUCUGAUGGCCCUGCUCACUCUGAACCAAAAUGCUGAUCUUGGCUGCUGGGUCUCCAGCCCUGUCCUUGGGCGCUAAGCCUCAGUCCUCUCCAAGGGUUGACCUCUCUGGUUUCUAACAGAUCUAUAUGCAAGUUUGCUUAAAUCUUUAAUCUUUAGUGUCCAUAGACUUCUAAAGACUCAGCUGGUAUCUAUGGGAGAACUUGGAAACAACACCCCCAACCAAGUGCAGACAGUGAUGAGUAUUUUUAGCCCACAGUUUCAUCACUCCUGACUUGUACCUUAAGUUGCCAAAGGCCUGGGGAGACUAUGCCAAAAAGCAGACCAUUUGCCACAGUGCUCUCCUCUAGAGGAUUUAUUUAACAUUUGUGUUUCCUUGGUCGUCGUUUCAUCAGCUCCUGGAUUAGAGCUGGCAAGAGCAGGUACUCAGUGAAAGUGCACUGCUUAAAUUUAACCGAGCCUCUUCCUAAAUCCAAUCAGUUUAGUUUUAAUGAUUUUUUUUCAACAAGAACAGAGCAAUACUGAACCCACAGUCAUUUAUCUAUUCAACAAAUAUUCCACAGCCUCCUAUUAUGAGCACAUAGAGCAUGUCCUAUGCAGGGUGAACAAACGAAAAGUGGUUCCUGCUCUUAAAAAGCAAGUAGUAUCAUGGCAGAGGCAGAAACGGAAUAAUGAAAAUAAAUACUUAAAUACUGUUAAAUGUUUAUGGAAGCUCUGAAGGAGAAGAACAGGCACUCUAAGACAAAUGAAAAGGGACAAUUUAUAUUGGUAGUCAAAGGAGACCUCUCUAAGGAAGUGAUGUCUAAGGUGAGGCUCAAAGGAUGAUGAUAAAGAGCAGAGGAAAGAGCAUUCCAGAGAGAGAAAAGAACAUAUGUGAAGCCUCCAAGAUGGUGUUACAGAUAUCAGCUGCUGUGUAACAAACCACCCCAAGCUUAAUGGCAUAAAACAACAACCAAUUUAUUGUGCUCAUGGGUCCUGUGGGUCAGGAAUCUGGAUACGCUGCAGCCAGGAUAGCUUAUCUCUGCUCCACGAAGUAUGGGGCAUCAGCUGGGAAGACUCACAGUAUCUGGGUAACUUGGAUGGCUAGGGGCUAAAAUCAGCUGGAGUUAUUAUGAUUUCACUCCCAUGUCUGGCUCUUGCGCUAGCGUGACUCAAAAGCUAGGCUCAGCUGGGGCCAAGAACCCAAGCAUCUACAAAUGGCCUGUCCAGUGGCUUGGUCUUCCUCAUAGCAUGGUGCCUCAGGGUAGUCAUAUUUCUUACGUAGUGGCUCAGGGCCUCAAGAGUGAACAACAGAUGAUGCUUAGCCUUUUAUAACCUGGCCUCAGAAGUGUUAUGGGCUGAACUAGGUCCCCCAAAAUUCAUGUGUUGAAGUCCUAUCUUCCAGUACCUCAGAUUGUGACUGCAUUUGGAGAUAGGGCUUUUAAGGAGGUAAUUAAGGUAAAAUGAGAUCAUAUGGGUGGGCCCUUCCAAUAUGACUGGUGUCCUUAUAAGAGGAAAUUAGGGCACAGACAACACAGACCAAGGGACGACCAUGUGAGGACACAGUGAGAAGGCAGCUGUCUACAAACCAAGGAGAGAGGCCUCAGAAGAAACCAACCCUGCCAGCACCUUGAGCUAGGACUUCCAGGCUCCAGAAUGACAAAUGCCAAGAAGGUCACCUCCAACUUCCAAGGCCUCUACUUGCCUCCUCUUCCUCCAGUUGAAGGUGGACUCCAAGUAUGCAACUAUUUUGUGACAGUAAAAAUGUGGUGCAUGCCACAGAGGGGCUGGAUUGGGAAGACAAAGAUGCUCCAGGGACCUUGGUCGGAAACGUGGUGCACUCAAGGAUCAUCAAUCCUCUGCGCCUGUUUGUUAAACAGUCUCCAGUCCCAAAGCCCGGACACUUGGCGUAUGCGGACAGCAUGGAAAACUUCUGGGAUUGGCUGGCCAACAUCACGGAGAUUCAGGAGCCAUUGGCAAGAACUAAACGGAGGCCAAUAGUAAAAACAGGAAAAUUUAAGAAAAUGUUUGGAUGGGGUGACUUCCAUUCUAACAUUAAAACUGUUAAACUCAACCUCCUUAUCACGGGGAAAAUUGUUGACCAUGGAAAUGGAACCUUCAGUGUUUAUUUCCGACAUAAUUCAACAGGCCUAGGCAAUGUUUCAGUGAGUUUGGUACCCCCCUCCAAAGUGGUGGAAUUUGAGGUUUCCCCGCAGUCUACCUUGGAGACCAAGGAAUCCAAAUCUUUCAAUUGUCGCAUUGAGUAUGAAAAAACAGAUAGGGCGAAGAAGACUGCCCUGUGCAACUUUGACCCAUCGAAGAUCUGCUACCAGGAGCAGACUCAGAGCCACGUGUCUUGGUUGUGCUCCAAGCCCUUCAAGGUCAUUUGCAUUUACAUUGCUUUUUACAGUGUUGAUUAUAAACUUGUGCAAAAGGUCUGUCCUGACUACAAUUACCAUAGUGAGACUCCAUACUUGUCUUCUGGCUGAAUCUUCCCACAGUGAUAGAGACGAAGAACGAAUAUGUACUUAAUUAGAACAACCAAGAACCAACCCAUCUCUUCAUGGUAAAGGAUCCCUUUUGUUUCUGCCAGUGAACCUUAGUUUCCUUUAAGGUUUUCAAAUUAAAAAAAAGAAAAAUAAAGAAGAAACAUCUUUAAAUGUGAAAUGUGUUUGUUUCAAUCAUAAGUACCCUAAUCUGAAGAGUCAAACUGUUUAUGAAGCAUCACUUUCAUGUAGGAUGGCUAAGUCCUCGAAAUGCUGUUGUUUCUCUAAAAGAAGCAUCAAUGGUAGCAACGUGUAACAAGAAAGAACCGAAUUAUGCAUGUGAUAAAGUUUGCUCUUGAAAUGAGCCUGCCUUUGAAAUAUGUUUUGGAAGGUUACCUUAAAAAUAGCAGAUUCAGUAAAGUAACUGAAAAGAUUGCAUUUGAUAGAUGAAUUGCAUUUCUGACAUUGAAUUCUUUUUUUAUUGCUGCCUUUUCCCCCACAUCUGUGCUGUUAUUGGUAUGAGAGAUGAAGGGGUAAAAUUUGUUUCAAAACUCUUGUGAAAUUACAGUGCAACCGUGAAACUAAAUACAUUAUUAUCUGAGCUCGAGUUGAGUGGAACACGAUUUAAACAAUUAGCCCCAUGUUGGUCACCAUCCUUAACAUUCUCAUCUGAGUAGUAAUAUUAGUAUAUCAGGAAAGCAAAUCUGGAUAUAUUAUAAGUCAGUUCAACAGUAAUGAAAAUCAUGAUACUUUUAGAUUCCUUUGCCAAAUUCAAUGCUGUGAGAUUGUCAAAAAUAUCAUAAAAUCUAUAUAACUUAUAACCUCAUUCUAUAAUUUGAGAGUGUGAUUUUAUAUACAUGUAUAAAACAACUCUGAAAUUGAGAGAAAGUGAUUGCUUCCUAGGCUGAAUGGAAAAAAAUUGAAAGUGGAGAGAGGAAGUUCCAAGACUAUGGAUUCAUCAUUUCCAGCCUCCCAGAUUAAGUUCUCCUUGCAUUUAGUUAAUUAUUUGAAUGAGGGAUCAAAUUCUAUGGAAAUAGUUAUAUUUAAAGAUUACUAAUUAUUAUUAAGUGCUAAUAACCAAGAUACCUGACUCACCUGGCUUUUGCGAUUACUUCCAAAUUAAUGUUGCUUCAUAGUCAGUGCCCUUCUCAUAUUCUCUAAGGGGUGGACGGUCAUCCUGUAUCAUGGAACUGGGUGAUCUUUGCAUUAGCACAGAGAGAGGAUCUGGCUGACCAGUGAAAAGGUUUCUAGAACUUGUAAGACUCAUGGAGUGGCUACUCUUUUUACAAUAGAGGUUAACUUUUUUCCCCUCCUAUCUGUAAAAUAUCAGUCCAAGUAACACAUUAAAUUGAGGACUGAAAGAAGACCAGUCCUAAUCAACAAAAAUGCUCUGACCACAUUGUUCAAAAAGCCAACAGCUACAUUCUCUGUUUUGCAUCUCCACUCCUUUCCUUUUACUGGUGAUCGCUGCACAGUGUUUGAUUUUGUCUUUUGUAAAAAUUGUGCUAGGCUUAGUGUGUGGUAGUACAGGCUUGAAUUUUUUUCUCUGAGUUCAUCAGGUGCUUUUGUAACUUUGUGGUUGGUGUGAAAUAUUUUAAGACAUCUUUUGAUUUUCAUCUAGAAACAAGAUUAAAAUACUAUUUAUUGUAAAAUAUGUGGGAACCAUACAUGUAUAUAUACUUAGAAUUUUCUGUGUACAGAGAAAGAAUGUGUACACAUUUCUAUGUAAAUAAAAGGAAUUUGGUAAAUCUG